AUGGGCGGCGGUGGGGGCGGCGGUAGCACCCUUGGCGGCGGCACCCUGGGCCACGGCACCGCGAUGAGCAGCAGCACGGUCGGCAUGGGCCCUCUCCCCGGCACCCUGAUGCAUGGCGCCUCCGGCGGAGGCGUGGGCGGCGGCAAUCCCGGCAACGUUUACGGCAAUGGCAACAACGGAGUGGGCGGCCAGAAUACCGCUCCCGGCUCCGUGAUCGACUCGCGGGCCGUGUCCGUGGUGGUCACGCUGCCCGGCGGCCCGGGUGCCCAGCAUCCAGGCCAGGCGCUCAGCGACUACGGUCCCAUAUAGUUAAUGGUACGCCCGGACACCGCGCACUGGGUCUCGACCAGCAGUUUUAGCCAGCUGUAGCCGCUCAAGUUGGUCGACUCGCACGCCCGGCCUCUGUCUCACUCGCACUUCUAGGCUCUCACUCGCACACUCCAUCCCCAUCUCGCUCGCACCCGCUUUUUGGUUAGGGCCCUCUUAGCAAAGGUUUUCAAGAAAUGCCAUAUUAAUUCGAGUAGCCGUAGUUUGAUUGUUGAGUGGAAAGCGCAACAAGAGCAGCUCGUUGUCCCAAUACCCAUCGAUUUGGCGGAAUCAGGAAUCACACUAUUACGUUUUCUGAAUUAGCAUUUAUUUUCAUGAAACUUUUCGAAUCUUGGAAAUUAGUUGGACCACAACUUUUACUAAGAAUUUAAUUCCAAUCCAAUUAAUUCGUAACACUUAAAGAAAUUAUGAUCUUCAGUACUAUACCUAUAAAUUUUAGCCUUAAUAGGUCCAAAUUUGUUUCAAUUCCGCCAAAUUGCUUCUGAGUUGAAAAUGGAAAUAAGACCAACAAUAAGCAUUGAGAUGUGUUAGACAACCAAUCUGCAUACAAGAUUCUAGUCCAAAAAAACCUUUGUCUUCAAAAGCAGAUGAGCAAAGAGCUUGGGCGUAGCGAAAGGGUACUAGCCACAGUUAAAAUUAUAGAUCGAAUCCAGUUGAAGCGCGUUUGUUCUACCUGCCAUUAACUGAUUUCCUAUCUGAAUAUUCAUAUUGCCACCUUUUCUGUUGUUAAUCCCUUCCACAAACACUUUCCUCAACGAAAUAGACUGAGAAACGCAAAACCAAUUAAUUAACCGCCACGUAGAGCACUCGGGGUAAAGUAGCGAGCGGAAUCUGCCCACACUGCCAAGUCAGAGCCACGAGCCAUAUUUCGAAAUUACAACUAACUCUUAAUCAAACUAACUACACUAUUAACCUUAACCUAACGUAAACACUUAACAUUACGAACGCAUACAAAAAUUAAAUAAAAAAGAAAAAGAAAAUGAAACACUUCGAAUGCCCAUAGAAAGUUAGUUGCGAUUUUAGGGUUGUCGCAUUAUCAAAGAACAGGCACUCAGUGUUGCCAGAUACCAUUUGUAAAUUAUUUAACGUAAUCUAAGGCAUUAUCCAACACUAAGUUUUGUACAUAUUUUCAAACCGCGCCUAGUUCAUAAACGUAUUUUUUUGUUCGGAGAUGUGAAAUUCCCUGAAACUAAAGUAUAAUACAGUAACAUGCAUUUCAGCAUCAAAAGCAACUCUGCAUUUAAGCUCAAAAAUUGAAUUUAGUUUUUACACAAAACCCAAAAAGAGAAAUUCUACCAUUCAAGUAAAUGAUUAAAUGAAAAUUGCCAACUUUUGCAGCCGAAGCAGGGCAUUUCUUUGCAUUUAUAAAAGAAGCAAAAACAAAAAUUGUAUAAAGCUAAAACUUUUAUAUAAGAGUAUUAAAUUAAAUGUAACCUUAGUUGUAGACGAAAUCGAAGAGAAGGGCAAGCAAAAGCAAAAGCAAAACGAAAUAUCUAUCAAGAAUUAAACACUAUUGUAUUUAAAUUUAAUAUUUAUAUUACAUGGUAAAAGCAACAAUUUAACUGUUAGCAUUUCAAACCAUUUCACAUACGAAACAAAAAAGAAGGGAUGAAAUUAUAUUAUAAAUUAUAUAAUAUAGCAACUAUGUGUGUAAUGUUUUUUAGCAACUAUAACUACUUCUAUUUACAAAACAAAAACAUGCUAAAGCUGUAAUAAAACAAUAUACAAAAUAGUUCAUUUUUGAGUUACUUUCUUUCGUUUAAACAUGAUUUCAUUAUGCAUGACAAGUAAGUAUUUUUAUUUAUUUGCCUUACUUAUUGUUUGAACUUUUCUUUUCGCAUUUUCAAGAGAAGAUCCCUCGAACACUUAUACGUAUCAUUAAAACGAAGCUCUCCAAGUUAAGCAAGCCGAUGCAGAAAAGAAAACAAAACCAAAAAGAGUAAUUAUUAAUUAGCAAAUUUCUCUACAAGACGUACAAUGUUUAAUAAACAUAUAAUACAUAUUGAACAAGAAACAAAAUCCAAUACAACCAUUUACGCGUACUAUUUGAUGUUGUUAAUAAGCUUAAAGAAAUAUUGCUAGCUAGUAGCGUUUAGUUUAGUUCUCUAAGAGAAAGUUGAAUCCCCGAAAGGGUUUUUCGCAUUUCUCCAACUUUAGUUGAAGGCGUACAUAGGAAACGCUUUUAUCUAUGAAUACAAAAUAUAAAAGGCUAAAGAGUGUAACGAAUAUACGUAAAUGGGAAAUCCAAACGAAUUGAAAUGAUAAAAUGUAAAAAUAAAUAAUGCAAUUUUGACUCUCAACUCGAAACAUUUUCUGUUAAUUUUUUGUGAUUGAAAACUAAUUUACUAAAUUGAUGAACCGAAAUUGAUUGCAAUUUGCGAAUGUAUACGAUUUUUUAAUUUUAAAAGAAAAUAUUUCAUAAUGGAGUGGAUUUUAGAUUGAUAGGUCAGGAUUGAGAAGAAUUGAAAGCUGGCGGUGAUUGAUGGAUCAGUUGAAGUUGCACGGAAACCAGAAACUUGACAUCAAGUGUAGUUGUGAAUUGUAUUUUGUGAAAUGUAAUUUAAUAAUAAAAUAAAUGAAAACCAAAAGCAAAUUAUAUAUACACUACAUAUUUAUAUGGAGCGAAGCGUCGCAGGAAAACCGGCAAGAGAAUACUUUAACAAAAAUUCAUGCAGACAUUAUUUUAUUUACAAACAAAAUGCAUUUUAAAAA